CUGAAUUGAAGGUUUUCUGCAGGAAAGAGUUUGGCUCCAACGUCUGCCCUCAUUGUCGACGCGGUACCAUCGACCAUAGCCAGGUGCUCUUUCACAACUGAGCCCGUCUGCGUUGCUAGGUAAGCGUCGUUGGUUCAGUUGAGUCACGCCGGCUAUGGUCGUCUACUGGCGCCGAAGUUCGGCAAUAGAAUUUCAAGACGUUGAUUGUAAUGGAGGCUUUCUCUUUCACAAUUUGAUAAGGCUUCGACGAGUUUGGUGCUACUGUAAUCAUCUCAAGCCAUCAUUGUUAUGGUAUAUGACAUUCAUGGGAUGCAUUCGGUGGCUGCUAAAUUGCUGUCAUGGCGACCUGCACGUAAUGUGUUUGCUGGAAUGCCUCUAAGAGGUUGUAAACCAACUAAGCCAGAUACUCGUGGCCCCCGCUCUCGACAUGACGCCAGCACUGGUCUAUUAGAAUGCAAGUGAUGCAUGUGUAGUCUCGGGCGACCAAUCACUGGAUUUCUUCUCCUAAUUCAUGUUAAAGUUGGAAGUACAGUAAGAGCUUCUGAUUUAAUUUUGAAAAUCCCAGAACAGUAAGAUUACCUUCUUUUUUCAUAUAUUCAUGCUGUAGGGACUAGGAAUAAGCUAUGUUCAGCGAAUGGCUCUGUGAUUCUUCUUUUGAUUUUCAGUUGGAGGAACGCGACAGUAAGCUGAAGGUUGGUUCUAGAGGGAGUGAAAAUUUUGGGGUUGUAUAUUUUAGGUUGCUUGUAUUUGUAGAGAUAGAAAGAGCAAGAAAGAGAGUACUUUUGUUGGCUUAGAUGUUUUUUGAAAAAUUUUAUUAUUUUUUUCAUUAUAUGUUGAUUUUAAGUCUCUCAUGUGUAGAGAGAAAACGAAAGAGAGAGUGAAUAUUUUUAUUUUUUUUAUAUCUUUAAUAUGCUUUCAAAAAUAUUUUUUCUUUGUCAUAUGUGACUUUUUUUAUUGGGAGAAAGGAAUAGUAUUUUUAUUAGUUCAUAUACUUUUCAUUUGUUUUAUCAUGCGUUUUAGAGAGAGAGAGAGAGGGAGAUAAAGAUAGAAAAAUGCAAAACACAUGUUAAACUUGUUCAUACUAGAGAAGAUAAUUUGAAAAUUUUGCAUUUAUAAACAAACGUUGGACAUAAUUACAACAUAUAGACAAUGACUCUUUGUUCACACUAGUUCUAAGGAGAAGUGUUUUAAGAACAGUUGUUCAUGCAACCAAAUGAUAUUUUCAUGAUGGUUCUUGAAAAAUGUCACUAAAAGUCAACCUUUACAGACUUUGAAAAAUCAUUAAAGUUCCCCAGUUUUGUAGAAAAUGCCACAAGUAAUAGUGUUUCUACUAACGUGUUGCGAAACAUUAACAAAAAUAUCAGCGACAUUGUCUAACUGAUGUUUCGCGGAAAUAUCAUUAAAAAUUUUGUUGAUGAUUUUGUUAUCUUUACUGACAUUAUUUUUUCGUCAGUGAAAUCCAUAUUUUGCAUGAAAAAAAGGAAGAGAGAGAGAGAAAAGAAGUGAGAGUGAGAGAAGAAAAAAAACCCACAACAUACAUGAGAAAAGAGGUAUAGGCUGGGGUUGUUAAUGAAUAGUGGGGGCAUUUUCACAUAUGUCUCUGUUGGAGGGAUUUUGGGUGAGACUUUGAAAAAUGUAGUUAGCUAUAGUGCUCCACUGCCGAGCUCCCAGUGAGUCGGGGAGACCCACCGCUCCGUAGAAAGUCAAAGCUUCCAUGCAACCUUUUGUCUUUCUAAGGUACAUAGUCUUCUUUUAGUAUCUUGAGGUGUUGUCGUUAAUGUGCUUCAACUUGCACAUCAAUGACCCUUCUUCAAGAGAGUGGAUACCCCUGACACUGAAAUGAAGACUAACCACUAAAGAGAUAUUAAAAUUAAAGUGCUGUGUGAAAGCGAUAGAUAAAUUGCUUUGAAUUUUGCAUGAAAAUGAUUGUGCAAAACCCAUAUUAUUUCUUUGGGGAAACAACAUAAACUCUUUUUCUAGUUUUUCCUGUCCCAUUCAUGCUCUCAAUCAUCUAGCAUUUCAUUUACCAAAGAGGCACGGUGCUUGCUCGACCUUGAAAAAUCUGGAAAUAAGAUUUGGUUUUCAUUUUUCUUGGAUUUAGAUUUAUCUUUAUAAAGUACUCAAAGAAAACACGACCAAAGAAAACUGCCACUGAGACAGGAGUUCAGUUAGAGGUUUGAGACAGCUACCUGCAGGUCUUGUUCAUGUUAGGUUUGUGAACAAGCUCAAGCCCAUCAACUCUAGCCCUGCUCUGUUUAUAUCUCGCUUGGCUCGAGCUCAGCUCAAGCUUGAGUUCAGACCCGAGCUCAACAAGGUUAGAGUUCAAGCUCGAUUUGUUUAACUCGUUUACUUCACAUGCACAAUACUUUAUUUGGGGGUAUAAAAUGAACAAACUUGUUUAAGCUCAUUUAACAAAUAUUUUUAUAACUGAUUACAUAAACUUCAGUUGAAAUGAGUUGAGUUCCUGUAACUAAAACUUGGCUUGGUUAAAUAAACAAGUCAUUAUAAUUGGAGCUACUCUAAAACCUUAAAUUUAUAGUUGGAUGUAGGUGGACUUGGGUCAACUUAUACGGGGCAGCCCUAUAAGAUGUGAGUCACUGCCCCCCUAUAAGACGUGAGUCACUGCCUCAUGAACCUUGGUGGACUUGAUUGUUAACUAUAUAUUUAGAACCUUGGUGACUUAGAUUGUUAACUAUAUAUUUAGUGCUCAAUCAAAAAACCUUUUUUUAGCUUUGUUGCCCUUAGGACAUUUGAAACUCAUUAUAUAUAAAAAACAUGUUUUUUUUACUUCGAUUCUUAAAUGGUUGAUUGUAAAGAACGCAUGCUUUUGGUUUGUUUUGUUAAGCAUAGGUCCAGAAUAUGCGCUUUUGCGAGAAAAGAUUAUUGUACUCCUAAUAGUUAUUUUUGCAAAUUUGCAAUACAAAAAAAAAAAAAGCUGAUGAGCUGAGCGCAGCCAAUGUGCAAAAUGUGUGAAACGAGACAUUUUUGUGAAAUGGUUCACAGGGCAAGGCUCUUUUGCCGAAAGCCCUUUCUCUUCUCGUCGCGAAAGAGACUGCAGCUCUGAAGCGCCAUGGCGAGGACCCCCGAGGAGGCCGCCAUGUCGUUUACUUUUUUCACCAGAAGCCUCUCUGGCCCUGGUUCAAGCUUCCCCGAGCCUUCCGAUAAGCCUUCUCAUCCUCUCCCACCAUGCCUCGAAGUUCCAUUUUCUGAGGAUAACACUUCCAUAAAGCAUACGGUGGAGUCUAUUCAUUUAACUGGAGAUUUGACGUUGAUCAAGGGUGACAAGGAGCGUGACUUUACUACGUUGGCCAAAGAAAGUGGAAUGUCUAAUCUUAUCCUUUUUUUUUUCCUUUUUGAGCAGUGUAGGGUAAGCACUGCUGAUGUCUUUGGUCUAGCCAACUCAGAUUUGGUCGCUGGCAAAUAUGAAGGAGGGCUUAAGCUAUGGGAAGGUUCACUUGAUCUGGUUAAAACCUUGCACAUACAUGUUGAAGAUGGCAGUUUACUGCUCUGUGGAAAGAGAGUAUUAGAGCUUGGAUGUGGCCAUGGUCUUCCUGGGAUCUAUGCAUGUUUAAAGGGUGCAGCUGCAGUUCAUUUUCAGGAUUUCAAUGUUGAAGUUCUUCGUUGUCUCACUGUGUCUAAUGUUAAAGCAAAUCUUCAGAAGCACCUACCAGAGACUGCAAAUGAUGUGUGCAUGCCAGAAGUUCGGUUUUUUGCUGGUGAUUGGACUGAAGUUUAUCAGCUGUUUGGCUGUGGAAAUGAUUCAAACUUGGUGUCAGACCCAGAUUUUGGUUACUACGAUAUAAUUCUAAUGGCAGAAACUGUCUACUCACUUUCAUCUCUUCAAAGUCUAUAUGAGCUUAUAAAGAAGAGUCUUCGACGACCCAAUGGUAUUGUGUACCUUGCAGCGAAGAAAUAUUACUUUGGAGUAGGUGGAGGAACCAGAGACUUCCGAUCAAUUGUAGAAAAUGAUGGAAUCUUGGAAUCCUUCUUGGUUGCAGAAUUUGCCGAUGGUGCAUCAAAUAUGCGAGAACUGUGGAAGUUUUCAUUUAAGUAGGUGUUGGUUUUGCAGAGCGAAGUUCUAUCUGCACUUUAGUCAAUUUAAUGUUUCUUUCAAUUGUUGCAUAGUGAAAAGGGAUACCUCCAAGGAACUGAUAAAUAUUUUUCAAGUUGGAUGUGUUGUCUAUAGCAAUGUAAACUUAUUUAUGGAUUUAUCCUUUUGUCUCCUUGGAGAAAAGAAAUGAAAGCCAUGCUUUUUGGUAAA